UAACCACCAAAAACUUCUCCCCCAAGAAGAAUCUCGCAGAGCACUCCACAGUCUACACCGCCCCAGUCUCUCUGUUUUGGUUUUUACCCUUCCAUCAACACCAUCACCGACUCUCUGUAGUAGCUCCCAUGGCGGAUUUACUUAUACAUUCAAGAUCCUGCAUUUAAACAGCCUCUCUCACUGAAAUUUUAUUCGAAUUCGUCAGUUUGAUUUAGAACACAAAAUUGGAAAUCCGUCGAUCGUUGUCUUUGAUUGAUGUUACCAAGUCUUGCCUCAAUUCUUAGGCAAGUGAGUUUGUUUUCAACCAUUGUGCCGCAUCACAGUCCUUCCUAAUGCAGCUUUAGAAUUAGAAGGCAAAGAUCAAUCAGAAGAGGCGGAAAGAACUGGAGCAAUCAAUUCUAACCAUGUUUUUAUAUAUACAUAUAUUGUAUCACAUGUAGUUUGACCCACAGUAUCGUACACUUAUUCUCCCAUCAGCUCCCUUCCUCACUGCAUUCCUCUUCCAUAGGCUGGAGCAACGACUGGGGUCAAAAAAGACUGGAAGUGGAGGAUGAAGCUCAUUGGAAGAGGCAGUCAAAAAGCGUGGUGAAAGAGAGGAUUUUGGGGACUUAGGGGGGCAGGCAGAAUUGGAUUUAGGAAGAAUAAGGUGAAGGAGAUAGUGAUUUUAUGAAUUGGUAGUUCUAGGAAAACUACCCUGGCUACUGAGGUUUGCGGAGAUAAUGAAAUUUGA